AUGGCGACAUCGGCACCGGGGAUAACCCCGAAACAACCACUGUUGGUGCCCAAAAAAGUUAGUGGCAUCGCGCCAAAGGCAAUGGCGCCAUCAAUAAAAGCGAAAACAGCAAUAUUGUCCAAGACAGCAUCACCAGUACCAAAGAAGGCAGUGAUGGCUGCUAGCAAGGCAAAUGUGACACCGUCGAAAGCCCCGUUGGUUGUGCCUAAAAUUGCGCCUAAACCAACUGUUAAUAUUCCAACGACCACUUCGCCCUCUCUUGCACCUCAAGUAAGGAGACAAACCGAGUCUAGUGCGGUAGAAUCGUUGAACCCAAGUGUCCCAAGCCUUCAGUCAGAUGAAAUGGAAAAACCUGCAACUCGACGCUUUCCAACAAAACACGCUAAUUUCAUGGGUUCACAAUCAUCAUCAUAUGUAAAUUCGCCUUCAAUCUUGCAAAAGGAUCUGGGAACCUCAGGGGUUAAGGGAUUGAGUAAUUUGGCUUUACACAGAGUUGGCAGCACUGGUAAGAGACGAGAGUCCCUUACUAGUGUAGAUAUUAAUACAGGGCUAAAUCGGCUGAUAACUGAGGUGCCUAUUGGCAAGAUUAGUGACACCAAGUUGCCGGAAGAAUCUAAAGAACUUGAUAACGCAGGGGCGGUUGGUGCUUCUCCUUGGUUAGAGAUCGAGCGUCGUAUUAACGAAAUAAGGGCUCUGGUUUCAGCACAUGAGUAUAAUGUUUCGCCGAGUAGCCCACGCGAUAAGAAGGAAGACGUAGGAAGUAUAUAUGGCAACUAUGCCACUCGUUAUGAAUCAGGGCGGGAGUGGCACAAAGAAAACCCGCACGCUCUUAGCUAUGGUAUGGUUCAGAAUUUACAUAAUCAGCGAAUGCAAAAGAAUGAUAAGAAUCUUGGACCGUCGCGCGACAGGUGGAACUUUGUCGACGGAUUUCUCAAGCCACGCCGCAAACCUUUUGCGAGCAUGUCAGAGCUGUCUAGACAUUUUUCCAAAAUUAACCCUAAUGAUCAGAGCCAGAUGCUUAAGCUUCUGCUUGCAUGUCGAUCACUGGAAAAGGUUAUAGAAGAGCAACAUAAUGUUCUAGACAUGCUAGACCAUGACCUCCGUGAGGCCAGGGAGAUGCUUAAGUUACCUGAGAAUUUACGAGGUAUUUCUACUCAGAAGCUGCUAGGUACGGCUCCGCAAGAGGAGCCUUUCUAUCCUACAAGCGAUAUUCCCCUGUUUAUAAGGGGACGCGUGUCUCUACUACCUGGACCGAAUGACAUACAGCUGUCUGUUGUGAACAAUGGGUGA